GUUGGAAACGCUAACAUCUCCGCUCCUGCCGGUCAGUUAGUCAUAUGACUUGACUGUGAGUACAAAGUUUGAAGUCAUGAAUCCUGCGCUCGGUUGGGGGACGACGACGUUCUUGUUGCUGCUCGCGGCUGUCGUUUGUCAUGGGCAUGUAGAGCGACAGGAGCAGUGGGAGGAAGUUCCGCAGCUCGGGGAGUCGCGGUUCGGCUCGCUGUGGCCGCUGCCGCAGAACGUGGUCAUCUCCCCGGUCGCGUUCAUGCUGAGAAGCUCGUCUUUCCAGAUCGUGCACUCGGCGGAGUCGAGCGCGGGCCCGGGCUGCAGCAUCCUGCAGAGCGCCUUCCGCAGGUAUUUUGAGUACAUGUUUGGCUACACGAAGAACCAAGGUGGGAACACCAAGAAAGGACAGGAUUCUGAGGUGACUGAACUUCAGGUGUGGAUAACAUCAGCUGAUUCCGAGUGUGACGCUUACCCCAGCGUGACAUCUGACGAGUCAUAUGAGCUCACUGUUGACCAACCCACUGCUGUGCUCAAAGCUGCAAAAGUGUGGGGUGCUUUAAGAGGACUGGAGACUUUCAGCCAGUUGGUAUAUGAAGAUCAAUAUGGGGCAAAAAAGAUCAACAAGACUGAUGUCCAGGACUUUCCAAGGUUUGCCCAUCGAGGUCUGUUGCUGGACUCCUCCCGCCACUUUCUGCCUGUCAAAGUCAUCCUGGCCAAUCUGGAAGCCAUGGCUAUGAACAAAUACAAUGUGUUCCACUGGCACAUCGUGGACGACAACUCAUUCCCCUAUGAAAGCACUGUUUUCCCUGACCUCAGCCGGAAGGGCGCUUAUCACCCGUACACACACAUCUAUACGCCUACUGAUGUGAAGAUGGUGAUCGAGUUUGCCCGGAUGAGAGGGAUCCGCGUCAUCUCAGAGUUUGACACCCCAGGGCACACGCAGUCAUGGGGAAAAGGUCAGAUGGAUCUCCUGACGAGCUGCUACUCGGGAGAGAAUCCCACAGGCAGCUUUGGGCCAGUCAACCCAAUCCUGAACUCCACAUAUGACUUCAUGGCCAAGUUCUUCAAGGAAGUCAGCCUCGUGUUCCCAGACACCUAUAUUCACCUGGGAGGAGAUGAGGUGGACUUCACAUGCUGGAAGUCCAAUCCUGAUAUUCAAGCAUUCAUGCAAGAACAUGGCUUUGAUAAAGACUUCAAGAAGCUUGAGUCCUAUUAUAUUCAGAAGCUUCUGGAUAUUGUUGGGUCCACCAAAAAAGGGUAUAUGAUUUGGCAGGAAGUGUUUGACAAUGGAGUUAAGCUCAAGCCAGACACAAUCAUCCAUGUGUGGAAAGGAAACGAAGAGCAGUACUCGAAGGAGCUGGCCGCCGUUACGGCUGCAGGCUUCCACGCGCUGCUCUCCAGCCCCUGGUACCUGAACCGCAUCUCCUACGGCCAGGACUGGACGGUGGCUUAUAAGGCCGACCCACACGACUUCAAUGGCACUGAUGCCCAGAAGAAGCUGGUUAUAGGUGGCGAGGCCUGCUUGUGGGGUGAAUACGUGGACGCCACCAACCUUACCCCUCGGCUGUGGCCGCGUGCGAGCGCAGUAGCCGAGAGGCUAUGGAGUAACCAAAAUGUGACGGAUGUUGGUGAUGCCUACAACCGUCUGACCCAGCAUCGUUGUCGCAUGGUGGCGAGAGGGAUUCCAGCGGAGCCGCUGUUUGUGGGAUACUGUGACCAGGAGUACAAAGGGCUGUGAAAACUUAUUGAACAAUGCUGAAAGUACUACUUUUUUUAAACACAUUGACAUCUUUGUUCACAGCUAUAUUCUUGCAAAUCAGUGUAAUCUUUCGAAUGUAUGAAAAAGGUGCUGUUUUGUCAUUUGUGUAUUGAUUUGAAUGUUUUCCUGAAGAAAAUUAUAGGAAAUGGUUGACUUGAGUGCUGAUAUACAUUUUGUAAAACUGAUUAUGGAUACUGUUUUCUUACUGUCAUUGUGUGUUUUUUUUUUUGCACUGAGAUAUAUUAAAUGAACCUCCCAAUGUAACCUGUUUUCAUUGUUAUCUGUACACAAGAGGUUUGUAUCAUACUUUUACCCAGUCACUGGUCUC